AAUCGAGAGCUGCUGACAUGGAAAAGAUAUAAACCGAUAAUUUUUAUUCGAAAAUUACUAAACAAAUCACAAAAAGUUGCAAUUAUUUGAAAUUCAUCAGAACCCUACACUUCCGGCGUUUUAUAUACGAGCCAAACGCAUAAACAAUCGCGAAGAAUUAAGGUGCGGAAAACGGAUACUCAGCCGCUCUGCUUCCAACCUCCGCCUCCCGUCCGUCUCCGGUUCAAGGAUUUUUUGUGAAGAUUUAAGUGGACAGAAUGCAGGCUGCGAGUGGUGCUGCAGUGAUGGGCUCUCUGCAAGUUGUUGUUUGUGCGAAGGGAUCGUCUUUUCCUUCGAAAGGGUCUAGCAUUUGUGUGUUUCCGCAACACAAGAAAUGGACCGUCUUAAAGCCCUGCAAAUCCUCCAGUGUUGAAGCAAACAUGGUUGCGGGGAAGGCAUCAUCUUCUGUAUCUGUCUCUGCUCCACAACUUGGAGGUGGAAGCGGUUUUGUAGACCAUGGCUUGAGUGAAGCAGAUCCCGAUGUUCGAAGCAUUAUCGAUAAAGAAAAGCAGCGACAGUUUAAAAGCCUUGAACUCAUUGCAUCUGAGAAUUUUACAUCUAGGGCAGUUAUGGAGGCAGUAGGGUCCUGCCUCACAAACAAGUACUCGGAAGGAUUGCCUGGAAAAAGGUACUAUGGUGGCAAUGAACAUAUUGAUGAGCUUGAAACACUCUGUCAACAAAGGGCUCUAGCAGCAUUUCGUUUGGACAAUAACAAGUGGGGUGUAAAUGUUCAACCGUUAUCUGGAUCACCUGCUAACUUUGAGGUUUAUACAGCAAUUCUUAAUCCACACGAUCGAAUCAUGGGUUUGGACUUGCCUCAUGGAGGACAUUUGUCUCAUGGGUUUAUGACACCAAAGAGGCGGGUGUCAGGCACAUCAAUUUAUUUUGAAUCUAUGCCUUAUCGUCUUGACGAGACUACAGGCAUUGUAGAUUAUGACAUGCUCGAAAAAACUGCCAACUUAUUUCGACCAAAGCUGAUUAUUGCUGGUGCAAGUGCUUAUCCACGUGAUUUUGAUUAUCCUCGCAUGAGAAAAAUUGCUGAUGCUGUUGGUGCUUUUCUCAUGAUGGAUAUGGCUCACAUUAGUGGGCUUGUUGCUGCUUCGGUGGUUGCUGAUCCUUUUGAAUACUGUGAUAUUGUGACCACAACAACACACAAGUCUCUGAGAGGUCCAAGAGGUGGCAUGAUUUUCUUCAGAAAAGAUCCUGUCCUGGGAGUUGACUUAGAAUCUGCAAUUAAUAAUGCUGUGUUCCCAGGAUUACAGGGUGGUCCUCAUAAUCAUACAAUUGGGGGACUUGCUGUCUGCUUGAAGCAUGCUCAAUCUCCAGAAUUUAAGGACUAUCAGAACAAGGUCGUCUCCAAUUGCAGAGCUCUUGCUAGUCGAUUGGUCGAGUUAGGUUAUAAGCUAGUUUCUGGUGGAAGUGACAAUCACCUGGUUCUUGUAGAUCUAAGGCCAUUGGGCAUCGAUGGGGCACGGGUGGAAAAGAUUCUCGACAUGGCCUCAAUCACUCUCAACAAGAACUCAGUACCAGGUGACAAGAGUGCUCUAGUUCCAGGAGGCAUCCGAAUCGGAUCGCCUGCCAUGACCACCCGAGGAUUCACUGAGAAGGAAUUCAUUGCAGUUGCAGACUUCAUACAUGAGGGCGUUAAGAUAACUCUCGAUGCCAAACCACUAGCCCCAGGAUCAAAGCUUCAAGAGUUCCUCAAGUUUGUAGCAACCUCUGAUUUCCCCUUAAUCGACCGAGUUUCGAAUCUUCGCUCGAGAGUUGAAGCUCUUACAACUCAAUUCCCAAUUCCUGGCUUGUAAGUUUCACUACACAUAAUGAAAUGGGUAUAAACUUGCAAUAAAAAUUCCGACAAAAAAAGGUGACAAGGUCCGAGGAAAUGUCACUUGAUCUUGAUGAUGUCGUGUUUGUGAUGAUUGUAGUAAUAAAAAUGGAAAAGACCAGGCAGUUUGUAACAUUUUAGAAGCUGCUGUGAGGCUCUGGUAGGAACUAUUUUUAAUUUUGUGUUCUUAUUCUGUUGUAGUUACUAUGAGUAGUUUUAUUUUCAGAAUAAAUUUUUAUGGGUAGUUUUGGAUGUGUUCUCCGAAAAA